AUGGCUACCAUUGCUGUUGCUUCAUCUUCCUCUGGUUUGCUCUUUAACAAGAGCAAAGAAACAUCACCAAGAAAUGGGGCCUCAUUGUUUCAUUACAACGGCCUUAAAGCGGUUGAAGCUAAGCAGUUUGAGGCUAAAGGAUCCAUCUCCACUUCUGUGAGGAGCAAAACAAUCAAGGCAAUGGGUGGUCCAGCAGUUUCAGCUCCAAAGAGGGAAACAGAUCCUAAAAAGAGGGUUGUGAUAACAGGAAUGGGGCUUGUUUCGGUUUUUGGCAGUGAUAUCGACAUAUUCUACGACAAGCUCCUUGAUGGAGUAAGUGGCAUCACUCCCAUAGACAGAUUUGAUGCUUCAGAAUACUCUGUGAGGUUUGCAGGGCAGAUACGCGAUUUCUCUUCCACGGGCUACAUUGAUGGCAAGAACGAUCGCCGCCUGGAUGACUGCUGGAGAUACUGCUUGGUUGCUGGAAAAAGAGCCCUUGAUGAUGCUUCCCUUUCUAAACCAGUUCUUGACACUAUGGACAAGACGCGUAUAGGUGUGCUGGUGGGCUCGGGGAUGGGAGGCAUCACAGCUUUCAGCAGUGGCGUGGAGGCCUUGGUGCAGAAGGGAUACAAGAAAAUAACACCAUUCUUCAUUCCCUAUUCGAUCACGAACAUGGGGUCUGCAUUGUUGGCUAUCGACACUGGCCUAAUGGGGCCAAACUACUCAAUCUCAACUGCUUGUGCAACGGCAAACUACUGUUUUUUCUCUGCAGCAAACCAUAUCAGAAGAGGUGAUGCUGAUAUCAUGGUGGCCGGGGGCACAGAGGCUGCGGUCACUCCUACUGGAGUGGGAGGUUUCAUAGCCUGCAGAGCCUUGUCUCAGAGAAAUGCUGACCCUCAGAAGGCCUCCAGGCCAUGGGACAAGAACCGGGAUGGUUUUGUCAUUGGUGAAGGUGCCGGUGUGCUGGUUAUGGAGAGCUUGGAGCACGCGUUGAAACGGGGGGCCAACAUCAUUGCUGAGUACUUGGGAGGUGCGGUCACCUGCGACGCUCAUCACAUGACCGAUCCUCGUGCAGAUGGGCUCGGAGUCUCGACCUGCAUAGCCAUGAGUUUGGAGGAUGCAGGGGUGUCCCCUGAAGAGGUAAACUAUAUCAAUGCUCAUGCAACAUCAACACUUGCUGGAGAUUUAGCUGAGGUUAAUGCAAUCAAGAAGGUGUUCAAAGAUACAUCAGAGAUAAAGAUGAAUGGUACCAAGUCGAUGACCGGGCAUGGCCUUGGAGCUGCCGGUGGACUAGAAGCAAUCGCGACGAUUAAAGCAAUCAACACUGGCUGGUUACAUCCAACACUCAACCAAAAUGACUUGGAAGGUGAUGUCACGAUCGACACGGUCCCCAACGUGAAGAAACGACACCAAGUUAACGUUGCCAUAUCUAACUCAUUUGGCUUCGGUGGGCACAACUCCGUGGUCGUGUUUGCUCCAUACAACCCUUGAUGAACGCGGUAGAAGUAGCACGCCUUGGUGCACAUUCAUUAUCUAUCAAUGAAUAAGAUUGUAACACAUGAUGUACGCAGUUGGUUUUGGUUUCUUCACUGUUUUUUCAAGUGCAGUCAAAUGUUGAAGGGGACAGGAUGAUACAAAUUUUGUUCCUACUAAAUCGAAACGUUGCUUUCGUGGUUGGAUUUUGGGCAUUAGAAUGUGAUCAAGAAUGUUAGUUGAAGCACCCCUUUGUGUUUUCUUGUUCAUAGUUUGCUGUAUUUGAAUUUUCCAAGUGGGAGAAAAAAUGGUGAAUGGAAAAUGAAAUGUAGGGAUGUGACAAGAUUGGGUGUUUUGAAUAUCAUAGAAUCCUGCUUUUGGCAUAUGUUUCAAUUAUG